UACCUCAUUAGUCGGUGACUUAGCUGGUUUUCCGCGAUUGGAAACACCUAGCACUGAUCGUUUGCUUUUCGCCACUCCUUACCCAAAGAUUUUUUUUUUCUGAUUCAGCACCGCUUUUCUUUCCCCUAAAUCCCCUCCCAAAUUAUCCCUUUAUAGGAGGGUUCGUCCACUUCGAGUACUCAAUCGAAUUCAAUCCCUUGAACUGUCUUACUCGACAGUCAGCUACCACCACCACCCACAAUCAUGAAAUCAUCAAUUGCUGCAAAGGUCCCAAACGGCCACGGCAGCGUCUACAAGGAAGUGCGCUUCUCACCAACUGCCACUCCCAUUCGUCGUACCCAGUCGGUGCCGAACGCCCAUGCCGUCCAUCAUCCAGGAACAUUGACCACCAAGAGGGACGCUUCGGCCUUGAGUGCAAGCUACAUGGAACAGGCACAGUCGCUCCUUGUUCGUCAACGGGCCAAUUUCGAAAAUGAACGAUUACUUUUUGUAGAAGAAAGGCUCCUAUGGGAGAAAGAACGGGAACUGCUCAGACUGAGGAUCACCGAACUCGAGUCGCUCCUAAGUAAUGGACAUACAAUUACUUCCACAAGAGCUUCAACCGACUCUUCAUCGAAACCCAGUUUGACAUUUAAAUACCCAUUUGACCCACAGCCUCCGGCAAGCUUAUCCGAGGAGAAUUAUCAACACUGUGGCGCUCAAGUGUGGGAGGGUUCUAGCCCCGGAAGUCGGCCCACAAGAGUAUUCCCUGAAAUAGAGAAGUCAGAUAGCCACAGUCAGCUCCCGGAGCAAGGCGGAGUUUUGUCAAUCUCAGGGCCCUCUCUUGACGCUGCUUUAUCUCCUCGAGCCCAUGCGGCUGAUUCUGCAAUCACCAGUGUACCAGUACCAAUUGAGAAGCUCGACAGCAAACUUGAUGGCAUUACGCUCAAAUCAUCUGCGUUGCCUCCAGAAAUUGUCGCCCGCGUAAUGACACCUCCAUCACCUUCACCUCAGGAGGCAUCUCCGGCUUCAGUAUCUGAAAAAGCCCUAGAGCGCCGAAACAGUUUGAAGUUAAGGCUUUCAGAGUUGGGGACACUAGAGAGAAGGUUGACGAAGGAUGCCGGACACACUCCAAUGGUCGUUAUUGAUGGUGACGCCGAUGCCGAUGUGGAAAUUGAGCAGCCUUCUCCAAGCGAAGGGCGUUCGAAGGAGGGCGAAUCCCUUGUCCCAGCGACACUUCGGCAACCCGCAGAAAACUCCGAUUCGUACUUCUCCGAUCUACCCGAAGAUCCAGCCUUGAAAGGCCCUCUAUCUCUACUGAACGAUGAAGAGCACGACAGUGGCUUCCUUAAGGAAUUAGACCAGAAGCUCCUUGAUCAAGCAAAGCAGGCCCUGGGGUACUCUGAGGAGUCCAAGGCUCCGGAGGUCGAGGUUGAGGCUGCAAGCCGCGCUAGUCAGGAGCCAGAACUGAAAUUCAAAAAUAGCACGAACUUUGGUACUGCAUUUGGUAUCUCAAAUCUGGGUGGGGUCUAAAAAAAUUUUGGAUACUUUACACGGCGGCAAU